AUGGCAAAAAUGCGGGUUAUUUGGGGGAAAAGAGAGGAGCAGCUCUCAAAUACUCUAGCUAAUAACUAUAGGAGAUAUCUUAACAACCCUUCGGUUGAACGAUGGCAAAUCUAUAAAGACAGCAAGUCAGUAUAUGAUUUAUUCUUAAAACAACAUUCGGUUUCAGAAGAAACUAAACUGAAGGCCCUCUAUUCAGGAGCACAAGGGGUCUCAGCUAAAUAUUUAGCUAGAAUUGUUAAGAUUAGGAAGCAGAAAAAUUAUAUUCCAGUAGUCAAAUUUCGAGAUAUUAGAGUAACAGAUCCCCUAGAAAUAAGAGAGGCUUUUUUUCAGACAUAUCAAGAAUUAUAUGCAGCUAAGCAGAUCAAUCUCUCUUCGAAGCAACAGUUUUGGCAAGGGGUGACUUUACCCCAAAUUGAGACAGAAGAUUUACGUAGGCUUAACAAACCGAUUUCAGUAGAAGAAGUUGUCAACGCGAUAAAAAGAUUAAAAUUGGGGAAAGCACCUGGACCAGACUCCUUGCCCGCAGAGUUUUAUAAGCUCCUGCUCGAACAGAUUCCAACAAUUCUAGUUAAUCUAUUUAAUGAAUACUUUAUAGGGAGCAAGUCCCAAUCCCCCCUAUUCGCAGCAUCUAACAUAGUUCUGAUACCCAAGAAAGGUAAAGACUUGGAACUUCCUUUAUCAUAUAGGCCUAUCUCACUUUUGAAUCAGGACUAUAAAAUUCUUACAUAUAUUCUGGCUAGUAGACUGAAAGUUCCUCUAGGAUAUAUGGUGCAUCCUGACCAAACCGGGUUCAUGAUGGGUAGAAAUCCUGUUAAAAAUUUAAGGAAAGUCCAGUUGGUCCUUGACUAUUACUGGAACAAUUUUGAAAGACAGAGACACUCUCCUAAGCCAGAUCUUGCACUUCUCACAAUCGACGCUGAGAAAGCGUUCGAUUCCAUUAUUUGGGACCAUCUACUCACGGUAUUGGGUAAAUUUGGUAUAUCAGGCGCUUUCCAUCAAUUUAUCAGGCAGUUAUACGAUAAGCCAUCUUCCUCAAUUAUAGUUAAUGGAGAAGCUACCGAGAAGAUAACGUUGGGUCGUGGUACUCGACACAAUGAUUUACCCUGGCAGCUCUUAGACAGAUUUAAUAACCAUCUAAAUGAAGCGGACUUACAUACUCUACAAAACACCCACACAAAUAUCCCCAAAUUACGAGAAGGAAGAGUUGGAGGACAGUUCUGGGCAGCUUAUGUUCCCUGUGACACUCAAGGGAAGGAUGCAGUGAAAAGGACACUGGAGCAGAUUGAUGUCAUUCAUCGCAUGUGUCAGAAGUAUCCUGAUGAGUUUUCAUUUGUGUUAAACACGAACGGAAUCAGGGAAGCAAUGUUUAAUCAUAAAGUUGCCAGUCUGAUUGGAGUGGAAGGUGGUCACUCUAUAGACAGCAGCUUGGCAACACUGCGCACCUUCUACCACUUGGGAGUCAGAUAUAUGACCUUGACACACAGUUGUAACACCCCCUGGGUUGACAACUGGCUUGUGGAUACAGGAAGUGACCCAGCAACUAGCAAUGGAUUGUCUGAUUUUGGGAAGAAAGUGGUCUGGGAAAUGAACCGCCUUGGAAUGAUUAUUGACUUAUCACACGUAUCUGUGAAGACAAUGAAAGAUGCACUUCAGCUGUCACGUGCACCAGUGAUAUUCAGUCACUCAUCCGCAUAUGCACUGUGCAACCAUGCCCGGAAUGUGCCUAAUGAUGUGCUGAGGCUAGUGAAAGAGAAGAAGAGCUUAGUGAUGGUUAACUUCUACAAUGACUAUGUCACCUGUAAUAAGAAAGCUAGCCUAUCAGAUGUAGCAGAUCAUUUUGAUUACAUUAAGAAUAUUGCUGGAUAUGAAUCAGUUGGAUUUGGUGGUGACUAUGACGGUGUCCCAAGGGUUCCAGUUGGCCUUGAGGAUGUCUCUAAAUACCCAGAUCUUGUUGCUGAGCUUCUGAGAAGAGGAUGGACAAGCCAUGAGCUUAAAGCUGCUCUGGCUGAGAACCUAAUACGUGUGUUUGCGGAAGUGGAGAGUGUAUCCAGGGAUAUGUCCUACGAUUCACCUAGUGAUGUGGCUAUUCCAUAUGAAGAGAUAGAGAGUGACUGUCACACCAGUUAUGGUUAUAACAUUACAAGGGGUGCAGCUGUAUAGCGCUUUUGCUAUUUUGUCUCCUCUGCACAUUUGUCCUAUGACUAGGGAUGGGCGACUGUGCUGAAAGUGUAAUUUGUUUGGUAGAAAGAAUUGUCCUGUGGACUUUUGUUUUGGACAAUCAAAUAUUGAUAAGAAUGAAAAUCCAUUAAAAUUCGGUAGUCAAAUGUUAUUUCCGGUUUACGAAUGUUACUUUUGUUUUCAAAUGUUCAUCAUUAGAUCGAAAAUCCACAUUCGAAAUUUUGAAUGCAACAUUCAAUUUAACAAAUACUAUUUAGAAGUUCAAUAGUUCAUGUGGUAGGGAAUUUAGUACAUUUAUACAUAAUAGAUACAAAUAUAUCAAUUUGAAUGUUUCUAUUUCGAAUAUUGCAUUAUUCUAAUAUUACAUUUAAGGAGAUAAUUAGAAAUACUAUUACAAAUAUAUUGAUUCAAAUUGUUCUAAUUCUAAUAUUGCAUAAUUUGAAUCGAAUUGUUAGAAAAAUUCUAAACAAAUAUUACAUUUAAAGACAGCAUUAGAAAUAUUAUUAGAUUAAACGAAUCGUAUAAUGUUGUACAAAAAUAUGUUCAAAAUUCUGAACAAAUGAACAAAUGUGUUAAACUUUGUUUUAUUUCUCAAAUGUUUCAAAACAUUCACCCAUCCCUACCUAUGAUACCAGUUCUACUGACAAAUCUCUGUCCAUACAAUAUGUGUAUUGUUUGUGCUGAUAAUAAAAUGAUGUCAUAUAAACCUUGAA